AUGGAGCUGAGGAGCUGCUGCAGCGUCUGGAUUCUGCUGUCGGGCCUCGCUGCUGCUGCAGUGUUCGUGGAGCGGCACGAGGCCAACGGAGUUCUGCAGAGAUGGCGCAGAGCCAACAGCUUCCUGGAAGAGCUGAAGGAAGGAAACCUGAAGAGGGAAUGCAUCGAGGAGAUCUGCGACUACGAGGAGGCACGAGAAAUUUUUGAAGACGACGGCAUUACGGAACAAUUCUGGCUGACGUAUGCACGUCGCGACCCCUGCCUGGUCAACCCGUGUCGCAACAACGGGACCUGCGUCUACCUGAAGGCGUCCUACAAGUGUUACUGUGCCGAGGGGUUCGAGGGACAGUACUGCCAGACAGUGAUCGAAGACGUCCUGAAGUGUCUUUACCAGAACGGACACUGCCAACACUUCUGUGACGGCUCCGGGAGCCGGCGGAGAUGUUCGUGUGCCGCCGGGUACCAACUGGGAGAAGACGUGCGCCAGUGUGUCGCUUAGGUGGAGUAUCCGUGUGGUCAGCUGCCUCCACAGGAAACCAGUCUGAACCAGACUGUGGUGGGUCAGACCAGACUGGUGGGCGGAAACCAGUGUCCCAAAGGAGAGUGUCCCUGGCAGGUUCUGGUGCAGUUAAACGGAACCAGUCACUGUGGGGGGGCUCUGAUCAGACCCGACUGGGUCGUCACCGCUGCCCACUGUAUCCACGACAUCAACCCUCAGAGCCUCAUUGUGGUGGCAGGAGAACACAACCUGGACGUGGAAGAGGGCCCAGAACAGAAGUUCCCUGUGUUGAUGGCGAUCGCCCACAAAGGUUACGUCCCGGCAACCGGCGACAGCGACGUCGCCCUCCUGCAGCUCGGUCGUCCCGUCGCCUUGAACCACCACGCCGUGCCCGUGUGCCUGCCGACCAGAGACCUGGUGGAGCGAGAGCUUCUGCCGGUCCGCUACCACACCGUGUCCGGCUGGGGCAAGAGGACCUCUGGGGGCAACGCCGAUCCCUCCGGCGGCCUGCCCGUGGCCCCGGUGUCCCCCGUCCUCCGCCGGAUGUCCGUGCCCAUCCUCCAGAACUCCCAGUGCUCCCAGAGAGCCCAGUUCAACUUCACUGACAACAUGCUGUGUGCCGGGUACCUGGAGGGCGGCCAGGAGAGCUGCCGCGGAGACGACGGGAGCCCUCUGGUCACGCUCUUCGGCUCCACCCACUUCCUGACGGGCGUGGUAGGCUGGGGGCGGGGCUGCUCGCACCCGGGGUAUUAUGGGGUGUACGCCAACAUGGCCAAGUUUGUGGACUGGGCGGAGGGCGUCAUGAAGGACCCGCCCACCACAGCGACAGCCAAUGAGAAGGCAGCAGAGAAAGCUUUCGAGAUCCUGGAACAGAAACUAGUUUAA